CAAAAAGUGUAUAUUAUUGUUUAGAAAUUAGAAAGAAUAGUACAUUGGACUUGAAUACUCCGUUCCAUACUUUCUGCAGAAUACUCCUACAUCACUCCUUGCAUACUCCGUUCAUACUCCGUUCCAGACUUGGUUAGGAAAGAAUAUAUUCUACCUUAAAUCUAGGAUUCUCAACACUUUCUGUCUUUUAAUACUUCUAAUUAAUCCUCUUAGUUCAGAAAAAACUUUUAGAUCUCUUCAAUUUCAAAUCAAAUUGUGGAGCUCUCCGUCGAAUCUGUGUACUGCUUGGCCACCAGCAGCGACAUCGCACGACACAUUCGUCUUCAUCACCGGCGGAACAUAGCGGCGGCAGAACAGAGCGGCGGCGGCGAACAACUUGGCCACCGGUGGUCUUAGAUUCUACUGAUAAUUGAUGAAAGUGGAAGGGGUUCUUUUAUGUUGGAAGCCGUUCUGGUACGAAGGAUGUGACGAGGAUGAAGGGUAGCUUUGGGGAUAAAGGAAUUUGUUUAGGAAUUGAAAUGCCCUUAAGGUUUGACUUAUUUACCAAAAAGCCUAGAAGCAGAUAAAAGCAUCAUCAACCUAGCUUCCAACUUCUGGCUUAAAACUACUUAAAUUAAGUAGAAUUUUUCAUUUGCAAACACUACUUUUGACUUUUUAAAAGCCAAAAGUCCAAAAGUGCUUAAAAUAAGCAAUAGCAAACACACCCUUAAUGAUCCACCAUGCAUAAGAUUGUGAAGAAAAUUGAAUAUGGAAUUCUUCCGAAAAGCAGAGAAGGUCCGGCUCAGGGGACGGAGAGACAAGCACUUAAUAGCCGCCGACGAUCAAGAGUCCGUCGUGCAAUGCCGGAACGGACCCGUAAAUUCCAGCGUCUGGACGGUGGAGCUCAUGGAAGGGAGAGCCGUCCUCCGCCUCAAGAGCUGCUAUGGGAAAUACCUCACGGCAUCUGGCCUCCCCUUCCUCCCCGGCGUCGCAGGGAAGAAGGUCAUCCAGAUCCUGCCGGAAAAGAACGACCCGUCGACGGAAUGGGAGCCCAUCAGGGACGGGUUCCAGGUCCGGUUCAAGACGUUCAGGGGAAAUUAUUUGCGCCCGAACGGCGGGCUGCCGCCGUGGAGGAAUUCGAUUACCCAUGACCCGCCGAACCGGAACCGGACGUACGAGAAGGCACUGUGGGAUGUGGAGGUGGUGGAGGAUCGGUCGGCUGUGGAGGAAAGUGGACACCGGCGGACGAGAUCGGACGACAGGGAGGACUCUGCAUCUAGACGAGGAAGAUCGAUUCGAUCCGCCGCGUCUCUUGUAUCGCCUCGGUCAUCCGAUGCUAAAAGAGGGCAAGAGUUCAUUUGACUGCCAAAUCAUAUGAACAGUAGAAAUCUUUGGGGCUCUUCUAAAUGGAAUUUUUUGAUGAAGUGCAGUUUAUUCUCACUUAAUUUUAACUUAAAAUUCUGAAGGUUGUUAAAUAGAUCAUUUACA